AAUCUCACACCGUCAUCGGCACGUGCCUUGUCCGAAGAUGAUAGCCGCCCGGGCACUACACUACGUGCUGAAGAUUGGUAAUCGGGCAAGAAAUAUUCUAUUUUUUCGCGAUGUACUUGGAAUGAAAGUGCUCCGGCAUGAAGAGUUUACGCAAGGUUGUGAUGCCGCUUGCAAUGGACCGUACGAUAACCGGUGGAGCAAAACGAUGAUCGGUUACGGACCGGAAUCGUCCAAUUUCGUAAUCGAACUAACGUACAACUACGGUGUGCAGGAGUACAAGCUCGGUAAUGAUUUGGCCGGUCUAACUGUUGCCUGCCCGGGUGUGCUAGAUCGUGCCCGUACCCACAACUUUCCAGUGGAGGAACAAUCGGACCCAACGCAACCACCCGUUUUACGAUCGCCCGACGGUUAUCCGGUGUUUGUGGUGCCGGAUCCCAAUCCCCAGGUGCAGCGUGUCGCACUGAACGUAACGGAUCUGGCCAAAGCCCGUAGCUACUGGGCCGAUACGCUCGGUAUGGUGCCGGUUGGGUCCGGAGGUACGGACCGUGCCGAGCUGUCGUACGAUCAGGGCAAGUUUGUGCUGGAACUGCGCCAGUCCAUCGGUGCGCUGGAUCGUGCCAAAGCGUACGGGCGUAUUGCGUUUGCAGUACCGUACGAUGUGCAGCCACGCAUUGACGAGCUGAUCCAGAAGAUGGGUGGUACCAUUCUGACGCCACUGAUCACACUGGACACACCCGGCAAAGCGUCGGUGCGCGUUAUUAUUCUGGCCGAUCCGGAUGGGCACGAAAUUUGCUUUGUCGAUGAGGAAGGAUUUUCUGCCUUGUCCGCGGUUGAUCCGGAAAGUAAUGCGGCACUGGACAAGUACAUCAUUAAGGAUCCGUUCCAGAAGUAA